AUGUUUAAAGGUGGCUUAUAUUGCAAGAGAAAUGCUUACCGGCUUUGUCGACACAAAUCUUCGUUUGCUACAGCUUUAGCGGCUGCCAGUAGACUCGUUACGCCGAAGAUUAUGUUGAGCAAUCCUGUAUCUCUGGUUUCGAAUGAAAUGAACACGCUAGCGAAGAACAUCAUGGCUCUAAUAGGUUCCGGACAUCCAACUUUAAACAGAGUUACCAGUUAUUAUUUUGAAGCGGAGGGAAAGAAGGUGCGUCCUCUGCUUGUUUUGUUGCUUUCUCGAGCGCUAGCGGCAAUACCGCUCAAUCAGCGGGAUCACGUCAAGGUGGACUCAGAGGAUGUUCCCGAGGACCCAGUUUACUCCAAACCGCCUCAUAUGCUAUUAUUUGAACAACCGGUCCGCAACUUUUCUCCCUUGCAUGUGCUUCAUGGCAUCAAGCCGUUGAAUCCUCUUACUAAAGGGCCUGAACCACUACCGCAAGCAACGUUUGACCAAGAAAGGGGAAUACUACCCAAGCAAAGGAGACUUGCUGAAAUUGUGGAAAUGAUUCAUACAGCUUCUUUACUUCAUGACGAUGUCAUAGAUCAUUCAGAUACGAGAAGAGGAAGACCUAGCGGUAACAUAGCGUUUACUAAUAAGAUGGCUGUGCUUGGUGGUGAUUUUCUCUUAGGCCGUGCGACAGUCUCUAUCUCGAGGUUAAGGAAUCCGGAGGUAGUUGAGCUAAUGUCUAAUAGCAUUGCCAAUCUUGUCGAGGGAGAGUUUAUGCAAUUGAAAAAUACAGCUGUUGAUGGCGACCCGACAACCAUCCAGUUCGGGAAGAAGGAGCUGCCACCUUUAUCAGGCAAGCUGGAUAACAAAGUUCACGAAUAUCAUGUACCCGUGAAGUAUGAAGCGAACAUCACUCACGAUCAAAUGAUAGAAACAGCUUUUGAGUAUUAUUUACACAAAUCCUAUCUCAAGACAGCCGCCUUAAUAUCCAAGUCAAGUCGGGCUGCCGCCAUAUUAUCAGGAGCCAGAGAAAACGUCAUAGAUCAAUGUUAUGAAUUUGGGAAAAAUCUCGGUAUCUGCUUCCAACUCGUAGAUGACAUGCUAGACUUUACGGUUGCUGGAAAAGAUUUGGGCAAACCCGCCGGAGCCGACCUGAAAUUGGGAAUUGCGACUGCCCCAGUUCUAUAUGCUUGGAAAGAAGACCCUUCGCUUGGCCCUCUAAUCCGUCGCAACUUCUCGCAGCCGGGGGACGUUGAACGGGCUGCUGGAGCAGUUGCAAAAUAUGACAGCGUUAGCAAAACUCGGAGCUUGGCACAAGAUUACAGAGAUAAGGCCUUGAGUAAUCUACGUGCUGCAUUGCCUGAAUCUGAUGCUCGCUCCGCUUUAGAGUUUCUGACCAAUAGCAUUCUCACCAGAAGAAAAUAG